AAUCCGAGAAGAAAAAAGAGAUAUCAGCGCCUACGCAGGAGGGAUCUGUAAAAGUAUAUUGUAAAAUGUUUUCCCUAUAUGCGAUGGCUAGUAUGUCUAGUGGUAAAUCUGCUGAAGACAUUAAAGAAAAAUUCAUUCGUGGCCUAUUACCUGCAUACGAGACAGAAGCCACUUCAUGCGACUCAGGAGUUCCAUUUGAUUCUUUGAUAGAUAGGCUUAUUAUUUAUGAAAAGAAUAAACUAGCUGAAUAUAUUAACAUAUCUAUAAUGCGAACUAUAAGCAAUAUAGCACAAGUCAAUCAAUCCGAUAUACGGAAGUCGAAAAUAAGACGGGCAGGAUUAAUACCAAAGAAUCAACUCGCAAUUGAGAAGUCUGGAUAUUUAUUCGAUUUUAUUAGACGGGAAAAAGAGACUAAUUUAAUAACUACAUGUAAACAUGCAGGUAGUCGGUCUUAUAAUACUGCUAUCGGCCCAGAUGGUAUUAUCCCAGUUAUAACUGAAGAAGAUUCCAGAAGCCUUACAGUAACAGAUACGGAAUUACGAGAACUUAUUCGUCAAGGUCUACUCGAAAACCAAUGCGAUAAUCCAAGAGAAAAAGCAUAUCACACUUUAAUGAGAGAAUUCUUUGGUGAGGCUAAAAAAGGAUGGUUAAGCCGUGGAUCAGUUGCGACAUUACGUCAGGUGUCAACUACGAAAAGAGUGGUAGAUUUGCUUAAUGAUGUCGAAAAUAAAG